AUGCGCCCCAAGAUGCCCAAGAAGCCGCGCCGCCGCUGCCGCAUCAAGCUCGAGCCGGGGACGCGCCCCAUGGCCACGCGCAGCCUCACCAAGGCCAAGAAGAGCCUGGACGACCUCCUGGCCAGCGCCAGCGCCAGCACCACUACGCCCCCUGCCCCUUGCUCCUGCGCGUGCAAGGCUUCGAACGUCGCCUCCAAGCCGGUCGCCCCCAAGCCUGUGGCCCCCAAGCCUGAUCCAGCGCCUCGCAAGGCUUCAACCGCUGCCCCCAAGCCUGUGACCCCCGAGCCUGAGCCGGCAGCUCCCGCGCCUGCGGCUCCAGGGCAAACUCCGCACACGCACAAGAUGCCAGAGCUCGCCGCCCUGAUUGUCGCUGCGCUGGAUGCCAACGCCCCGGAGCUUUCUAUUGCGUCAACUGCAACUGUCACUGCGUCUGUUGCUGCUGCUGCAACGUCAACUGCACCAGCCAUCGCGGCGCCUGAUUCGCCCAUCAAGGAGGAGCCUCCUCCGAGAGCUUCCACGCCGUCGGCAACUACGCUAGCGUUGUCCUCGCCGACGAUGUCUCCGUCGUCGAAGGAGAUCCAGCGCAAGCGCCGCAAGCGCGAGACCAUCAAGCUCCCCGACAAUAUCUGCGUGAGUGGGAAGGAGCUCAAGCGACUCAAAAACCGCAUCGCCGUCAACCGCCUGCGCGAGCGCACGCAGAAGGACGUGCGCGAGAUGGAGGAGCAGCUGGAGUGGUACAAGGAGCGCUGCGAGUUCCUGGAGGCGCUGGUGUCUUGCUGCUCCAUGUGCGCGAGCCUCCGGUCCAUGCGCUUCGGCGACAUCGAGCUGCUGCCGGCGGACAAGGAGAUCGCGGUCAAGAGGGAGCUGAGGCCAGACAAACAGGAUGAAGACGCGCUGGCCGACGGCUGCAGCGAGCCGCCCAUGCUCUCGGAGGAGGAGAUCGUCGUGCUCUCCAAAGCGCUCAACUGUUGA